AUGGUGCUGCAAAUCAUGCCGGAGAUGAACUACUGGCUGGCCGAGCAUCCGGCGGUUGUUUAUUUCCGGUGGAGUCCAACUCAGUCAUGGGGUUCAACUUGGUUUUUUCUCAUCACCUCAAUCUCCGCCUACAUUGCCAUCUCCACCACCCUUCACCUCCUUCUCCUCCUGCUCCGCCGCCACAAGCCUGUCCCACUAGGCCUUAUUCCGGCACUUCACAGCCUGGCCAUGGCUCUCAUCUCUGCCACCAUCUUCACAGGAAUGCUCUCCUCCUCCGUGGCAGAAAUCCGCGACACAAGGUGGUUCUGGCAGCGGUCGAAAACCCCAUUUCAGUGGCUCCUCUGUUUCCCACUAGGAACCCGCCCCUCUGGCCGCGUGUUCUUCUGGUCAUACAUUUUCUACCUCUCCCGGUUCCUCCAUAUCAUCAAAACCUUCUUCACCAUUUUACGAUGCCGGAAAUUCCCAUUUCUCCAAAUCUUUAACCAUUCCAUCCUCAUCUUAAUGUCAUUUCUCUGGCUUGAAUUCUCACAAUCUUUUCAAGUUUUAACCAUUCUUUCAAUGACCCUCGUAUUUUCGUUAGUCUAUGGCUAUAGAUUUUUCACUGAACUUGGAUUCAAUAAAAAAUCCCAUUUCCCAUUUGUAUUGUUCUGCCAGAUUAUCCUGAUUGUUACAAACUUGGCAUGGCAUAUUGGGGUUCUUGUUUUGCAUUUUUGGAAAGGUGGAUGCAAUGGGAUGGGAGCAUGGGUUUUCAACACUGUUCUCAACAGUUUCGCCCUAACGUUUUUCUUCCAUUUCUAUGUGAAAAAGUGCGCAAGCGAGAGAGACUUUAGUCCUGAAGUUGAAGCCAAAGCAAUAACUUCAGAUAUAAGAAAUAAGCUGGUGAGUUCUAAUUGA